CCUAUCUUGAGCUUAAAUUGUUAAAGAGAUUGUGGCGUAAAGAAUGGUACUGACGGACUUAAGGCCUGAGACUUGAUGGUUAGUGCCGGCUGCUAUGGCGACUCCCCUAAAUCUCGAAUUCACGUGCUACACAGCGGUCGACAUCGAUGAACCAAGGCACAAGCCGCAACGUAAGCUCUCAUUCACCAAGUUCUCCCUUUACAACGGUGCGGGCAUCCAUGCGCGGGGGAGUUUGUGGUUCUAGACUCUUCUUUCAUUGUUUGCCACGGUUUAUAGAUUUGCUGACUCACUUGCGCUGCGAACCAUAGAGAAUGCACAUCUGAGUCCCCAGAAGCAUCUGCGACCAUGGCGAUGGACUACUCGAGCCUGCGGGCGGCCGCUCUGCGGGACGGCGAAGACGAAGAAGCCGUCACUGUCGACACCCGCGCUCUCAUAGACAAGGUCCUGGCCCGUUACUCAGGAGAAUGGACGACGCUGCGAGAGCUCAUUCAGAAUGCGGCCGAUGCGCAAGCGACGACUGUUUCUAUCAAGUGGGAGACGCACCCGUCAACAAGCGUCCCUCUUCCCAGCGCUGCGAGCCGAUCCGAACUGUUGAAGCACACGAUAGCUAAUCACACGUUGCGGCGGCUGGUUGUCCAGAACAACGGCGUGCCUUUUACAAAGACAGACUGGGGCCGUCUGAAGAGAAUCGCAGAGGGAAAUCCUGAUGAGACCAAGAUCGGAGCGUUCGGUGUCGGCUUCUACAGCGUCUUUGCCGACUGCGAGGAGCCCUUUGUUAGCUCUGGCGCUGAGGCCAUGGCCUUUUACUGGAAAGGAAACUCUCUCUUUACCAAAAAGUCACACCUACCUGAGGAUAAAUCAUCGCCAUACACCGCCUUCGUGCUAGAUUAUAGAAAUACGACGACUCCUAUGCCGAAUCUGCUCUCCGUCAGCCAGUUUCUUGCUACAAGUCUUACCUUUGUUGCGCUGGAGAAGAUUGAGUUUUGGAUCGAUGACCAUCUGAUUCUUUCUCUCCACAAAAAGACAUCCCCCAGCGUUGACCUGACGCUGCCUCGCGACCUGGAGGCUAGGACAAAAGACAACAUUAUGAAAGUGACAAGCGUAGGUCGUACAAGCACACAGAUUGACGCAUCCUAUAUGAACGUAGUUGGAUGGAAGCCCACAGCAGCAGCAUCCGCUGCAAAAGCCUCGGAUUCAUACGGUUCCACCGAGGCUCCCUCUCUGAGAUCCUUCUUUGCGAGACUCACCACGACAGCCUCAAACAACAGCCUCCUCAAGACAAAGCAGCAGACAGAGGAAACUCAAGCUCAGACGAAAAUCACAGAAGAUGUUACUGCGUUAAACAAAGCCACAAUAUUCCUCAGGGCUACGACUGCCAAUAUCAAGACCCACGUAUCGGCUUCCUUUUCCGCCGAGCUUGAGCGUGCGACCAAGAAGCCUCCACCAAAGACUACAAAGAUAUCCAUUCUCACUACAUCAUAUGAUGAGGCUGAAGCUUCCAAGGGCUCGACCCCAGAUAACGACGCUUUUGCCAAGGCUACAGAUGUUUUUGCUUCUGUGCUGCCAAACAAGAAGCCGGGUGGUCGCAUCUUUAUUGGAUUCCCUACUAUGCAGACAACCGGCGCUGGAAUGCAUAUCUCUGCCCCCUCUGUCAUCCCAACUGUCGAGAGAGAGGCCAUCGACUUGAACGCUCGCUGGGUUAGAACGUGGAACGUGGAACUUCUCCGAGCCUCUGGCAUUAUAGCCAGAUUAGCCUUUGCCAAUGAGAUGAGCGAGCUCGAUCGCAAAGUAAGGCAAUCAUCUGAGGCUGGCAAGAAAAUAUCUGCCGAAAUAGUCAACCGAUUCAUGCCUGAAGCGCUGCACAUUCUAAAGACAUUUACUUUUACCGACUCUACGCCAAGCAGUCAAGUCGGACAGACCAUCGAGGAGGCUUUCUGGACCUGUUUCAGGAAGGCCUCCAUCGAAGUGUAUUCAAGCCGAGGUGUCUUGCAGACAUCGCAAGUUCGUCUAGGAUCGACAGAGUUGAAUGCCUUUGUGGAUAGCAUCCCAGUUGUACCCAAGGACAUGACAGAUGCGCCAUUCGUGAGGAAGCUGAUAGACUUUGGGCUCAUCUCGCACAUCACCGUAACGGAUGUCAAGGAAGAGCUGGAAGCCAAGGCUCUCACGAAGAGCCAAGCCAUCAACUUUAUAAAAUGGGCGGGCAAGAAGAGCUUGACUGGCGAGAUUGACCCAGGGAGCAGGGCUGCGCUUAUGGACGUUGCCGUUGCCACUCUGAGCGAUGAAAACGACAAGGGCGAAAUCGUGGCCCUUGGCAGUAUAAGCAACUAUCUUAGUCUUUCAAAGAUUCCUGCUAAUAUGCCAGUGCCUCCAACAACCGUUCCAUAUGCUCUCAUUGUCAACAUUAGUGCUUCUGAACUGGAAGCUCUUGGGUGGGAGCCCUUGGAGAUUGUGCCGUGGCUGCGCUUCCUCAUCGAAACUACGGCCUCUAGGGCGGAAGAGGAGAGUGUCACUAGAUCUCCCAAAUUUGCUGUCGCUGUCCUUACAGUGUUGUCUAAAAACUGGGAGGCCAUGACUAUGAUUAAUAGGGGCACGAUGCAGAGUCUCGUCCAGUCAACUCCGAUGAUGCCGACUAAGCUGGGCUUGAGAAAACCUACAGAGUCCUUCUUUGCCUCUGUCAAGCUUUUCGAUGACUUGCCGGUUAUCCAAGGUUGCGAAAAGAUAAAGGAGAAGUUUUUGACGGCUCUUGGCGUUCGAAAGACGGUUGAUCUGGAGACUAUCUUUGCUCGUCUGGUCAAUGUUUCCGGUGAAGAUGGCCAAAAGAAAUGGAGUCAUAUGGAGCUCAUUAAAUACUUGGCCUCUGUGCAAAAUGAUAUCCCAUCAGGCGACCUUCGGAAGUUGAGAGAAUCUAGAAUUUGUCCGGCUGAAGCAGGGCCUAAAGGCGCGGAGCCAACGCAGGCGACGACAAAACUGUACAAGGUCUCGGAACUAUUUGAGCCCAAGGAUUCCCUCCGAUCUCUCCGGCUGCCCAUCAUUCAGUGGCCAGGGCCUCCUGGUAGCUUCCGGGCAAACAGCCCUGAAGCUCGAUUUCUGGUUGUCCUCGGCUUGCGGACUUUUCCCUCAGUUCCCGAGCUGGUGGAUAUGAUGUCGUCAGGCGAUCAGGCGCUAUGGACCUCAGCAAUGACUUACUUCAUUGCUAAUCAUCAUUCGAAUCGGUAUAACGCCUUUGAUUUGAGUGACUGCCGCAAACCAAUCCUACCGCUUCAGGGAAGCACCAAGUUGGUAACACCGGGUGCAUGCUUUACCAACGAGAAAGCGGCGGUGCUCGGGUUUGACAUCUUGAGUCGUGACCUUCAUGAUCACGCCAACAAAUUCGGCGUUGCUAGAGAUCCACCCAUGGCCGAGUGUGUUAAUCGUCUGCUUGCCAACCCUCCUCAGAACCAACAGUCCGCUGUGACUCUCUUUAGCUACUUUGCCUCUCGCAUUGGAGAGCUUGGAGAAAGCAGCUUAGUCAAGCUUCGAAAUGCUUCAAUCGUUCCGGUGAAGCGAUCAAGCUCUUCCGCUUCAGAAAAGUCUGGCGCAAAGCUUGCUUAUAUCAGUCCGUCACAGGCAUACAUAGGGACAUCCUCAACAUAUGGGGAUAUCUUUGACUUUGUAGACUUUGGUCCAGAUGGAAACAUCUUUUUGUUUAAAUGUGGUGCAAAGGCCGAACCGACCAAAGUGGAGGUUGCCUAUAUGGCGUGCAAUGAGCCAGCAAGACUUCUGAGCGUGCUCCAGAGCCCCGAGAAGUACUUGGAUCUGCUCAAAUCUUUAGCCGAGGUUACUUCGAAUCUCCAGCGCGAUAAGGAACUUUGGCGCAAGAUGAAAAGCUCACCGUGUCUCCUCGCCUAUAAGGAACUAGUGGCGCCUUCCAAGGGCAAUGCUAAUAGCAAUGAUUUGGAUGAAGACGAAGCUCCGAUUAGGCAGUAUCAGCUUGCUUCUGCUAGCCAAAUCGUUGUGGUGGACGACAUUAUCAGCUACCGCCUCUUCAAGGAGCAUUUGAUUUGCGCCCCUGAAGAAGAUAUUCUCGAGACUUUUUAUAUAAAGCUCGGUGCGUCGAGGCUAAGCAGCAUAGUCCAAGAGGAUGUGCGCAUCGGCUCCCACACAACAAAGCAGCAGCUGGCUGAAUCGCUCAAGAAGCACGUUCUCGAACGGUCCAAGAUCUUCCUUUACGAGUACGCCAACUACCGCCGGGAUGCCAUUAAGCACGACGCAAAGUGGCUCGAGAAGAACCUGAAUGUGGAAGUGGUCCGAUCGGUGGCGCUUCGACGAAGCUUGCAGGGCCAGAGGCAGUCGCACACCGAGAAACGCUCUGCGGCCGCAACAUACAACAACAGGUCAUGGGUCCUGUAUGUGACUGAUGAUGGAAAGCCAGACAUGUACCAGGUUGGCCAAGCGAUAUGCCAAAUGCUGCUUGACAGGCCUAAUCAGCAAGCCUAUCUGUUCUUCGAACCGUUCCUCACCCUGGAUCUCCUCGGACUGAGAUCGCGUGGAUACAACGUCGACCGAAUCCUUCGAGCGAAGGCCGCGGAGGCGCGAAUUGCGGAGGCAGAAAGGCGCCAGGCAUUGGAAGAGGAGCAGAAGCAGAUUCGGGAGAGGGAGCAAAAUUGGGCUCAAUCACAGGCAGAGCAUUCCAAGUCUCAGCAACUUCCGCAGGCAGCAGAGGCUGCACGGGAAGCUCCCAGAUCUCCGAAAUCUUCGCAUCCAUCUAUGCCUGGAGCAUGGGAUUCGCCAGAGGAGAAUGCGCAGGAUAGGAACGCAAAUAACAGGAAGAGCAGGGGCUUGUUUUCGAACCUUAGCCGGCGAUUUGGCUUUGAUACGCAGGAUGACGAUAAGAAUGAUUCUCGAGGACAGGUCGAGCAGUUUAUGGGCAACAACUCAAAUUCCACCAAUCGAGGCCCUGACCAGUCUGGUGGUAGUGGACAAUCGCAAAACGAUGACGGCAAAGUGACCAACCCAGCUGUGGUCCAGCAGAACCUCUUGAACGCCGUCAAUGCAACGCGAGCCCACGGAUCUGAUAGUGUCUACUCAGAGCCUCAGGUCUCCGAGGUCAAAGAACAGGCGACAUACUGCGACAAGAAGCCAGCUCAAAAUAUUACAUUUGUGGCAGAGGCUUCUAACGGCAUGAAAGUCUAUGUGGCCAAGGAAAUGACUGCCCACGCCGCUGCCUUUUUGUCCACAAAUCUCGCUGCGAUUAACUCUUUUGCAUCGCUUCUUGUCGAAAUUGGUAACGUCUACUCGUUGGCGCCAAAGGUGCUUCACAUCUUUCACGACGAAGCUGGUGGAACGAUAGCCUUCAACACUGGUGGAAGCAUCUUUUGCAACUUCCGGUUCUUCCUCCAGCUGCAUGCUGCCCAGAUUGAUGUUCCGAAUGGAGCUGGCAAGGCUGAGGCCGGCACUUGGUGGUGGGUGGUGCUGGCUCACGAGCUUGCCCACAACUUGGUUUCGCUGCACAACUCUGAUCACAGCUAUUAUACUGAAUCAUUUAUUCAGCAAUACAUGGGAAAAAUGAUGGCAAAGACGACGCAGUGGACUCAGGGAGCUCCUGGGCCGUCUCAACCAUCUACUCGACCAACGUCGCAAACAGCGGCAGUGCCUUUAGAUCCUCCGCCGGCAUAUCGCCCGGUAUGAUGAACAGCCCAAUUCGGUGGUUGGUUAAUAUGAUGAAUGCAUUGUGUGGCGUACAAUUUCUGUUUCAUUUCUUGCUUGCGAGGCGUUUGACGAAUACAUUGAAUGAUAGAUGAGGGAAGAAGAAAUGGUCGCAAUGACAUGUUGGGAGCAUGAUUUCCUUAGAAAGGGUGUUGUUUAGACUCUCCAAUUAGACUCAUACACUGAUGAUGUUUCUGCUAUCUUGUCAUCGAGUUGGUUGUGGAUGGGGCAUGCCAAUAAUUGCCGCAUACAUCUUUAAAUCACUCUAGUAACGAAUGAAGUAAAUCGUCUUUAAUCAUUUUGGAAAUUAAAUAAACUUGUCUGAGC